GCGGUGGCGGCCUGGCGGCGGGCCCGGCCCGUGCGGGAGGUGCUGUUCUUCCCCUCGCGGCCCUGCUGCAUCGAAGCGCUGCUGGCCGAGGCGGCCGAGCCCGGAGCGCCCGCCCGGCCCUGCCCGUGCCCGCUGCCGAGCGGCGACACCGCCCUGAGCCGCCUGGUGCGCCGCCUCCUCUCCGCCCGCCGCUCGCUCGACCUCUGCCUGUUCUCCUUCUCCUGCCCGCAGCUCGCCCGAGCCGUGCAGCUCCUGCACCGCCGCGGGGUCCGCGUCCGCCUGGUGACGGACGCGCAGUACAUGGGGCUGCACGGCUCCCAGAUCGGCCGCCUGCGCCACGCGGGUGAGCGCUGCGG